UCUCCCAACAGGCUCAACGACCAGCCUCAAGAGGGAAGCACUUCACAUUCUGCCUCGGGUUUCUGGAUGAUGAUAUAGUUACCAGUGUUGUCACUACCCAUCACUUGCCCCUUCCUGAAGGGCCCUACUGCCCUCCACUACCCCUUGCUGGCCACUACUCACACCCCUUCACCACACACCAGUCAUCACUGUCCGCAUCACGCCACUACCCACAGUCUAUCACUACCACUACCAGCAACCCGCCACUACUUUUCACUCCCUAUUAUUCCUCUAUCACCCACCACUACCCGGGACCUGCCCCACACGUACUAUUGACCUCACUACUUCCCAGCUACCCAAUACCCAAUUAAUUGUUCAGGACACCCCCCGCCUGCCACUACUUCUAGUCCACCACUAUUCCAAGGCCCUCUACUGCCUCUCUAGUGGCCUGCCGAUACACCUAGCCCACAACUAAGCCUCCCUUCCCCCUAUUUGGUAAUCGCUAGUCACAGCCUCAUCAUCCCCCGAAGGUGACGCCCUCAACACUAGUUGACAGUGAAACCUGGUGGUGGUGCCGUGAACCACUAGUCUUACUCCAGGGGUCUUGUCCGGUCUUUUUGGUUGAUGCUUUGAGCUCCCAGUAUCUCCUUCCUACCAGUACCACCCGUACUACCACCACUUGGACCACCAACCAGAACUUCCUGCAGCCGCUACCACCACCACUAUUAUCGGGAUCACUGCACCACUGCACCACAAGCAAGAUGGCUCUCAGUCGUCGGGUGAAGCUGGCCUACGGAGUUGGUCACGUGUUUAAUGACCUGUGCGCCUCCAUGUGGUUCACAUACCUACUCGUUUACCUCCAGUAUGUCCUCCAGCUGGACCGAGGGCUGGCCGGGUUCCUGCUGCUCAUGGGACAGGUGGCGGACGCGGUGUCCACGCCUCUCAUCGGCCUCCAGAGCGACCGCGGCUGCACCUUCUGCACCUACGGCAGGAGGAAGUCCUGGCACGCCAUCGGUACAGCGUGUGUGAUGUUUUCCUUCCCCUUCAUUUUCAUCGUGUGUGGCUUGUGUUUUGCUGUUCUCGGCUUCGGUUAUAUCCUCAUACUGGGGUUCAUGAUCUGCCUCUUCCAGUUCGGGUGGGCGGCGACCCAGGUGUCUCACCUGGCCCUCAUCCCUGACCUCACGGACGUCGAGGCUGAGAGAGACGAACUCAACAUUAUAAGGUACAUCUUCGACGUGUGUAGCGACGUCUUGGUGUACCUGGUGGCCUGGAUCACCUUCGCUGAGGACUCCCCUCUCUCCAGCAGGUUCAUCGACCCCGGGGAUGCUCACAACUUUAAGAUCAUCACCAUCACCGUCAUGGUCGUGGGAACAAUCUUCUCUGUGAUCUUCCACGUCUACACCCCCGAGGACGGCUCCAGGACCUCCAGGAGGCGCACGCAGUCCUACCAACAGUUGUCCACGGGUCCAGAGCUCCAGGCCACGUCAUCCUCCAGCGAGCCAGCGGCAGAGGUGCUCGAAGCCUCCCAAAGGGAACCCUUGCUCGACGGCGCUCACAUGUUAUGGAGGGACUGGCUCUCAGAACCCCAGUUUUAUCAGGUGACGUUGCUGUACGGGUGUGCCCGCCUCGUGGCUAACUUGUCCAACAUCUACAUGCCCAUCUAUCUCCAGGAGACCAUCCACGCCAAGCAGGAGCUGAUCGCUGUGGUCCCGUUAGUGAUGAGCCUCUCCAGUGUGGGCUCCUCCUUCCUCCUGAGGGCGCUGAGGAAGGCAGUCGGCAAGAAGGCGAGUGUGGUGGUGGGCAUCGUGAUCGGGCUGGUGGCGUGCACCGUGUCUGCCCUGCCGUGGAUGCCUCUUUGGGGCCUCUUCAGCGUGGCCGUCCUCUGGGGCGUCUCUGGCUCGCUCCUCGUCAUCAUAUCCCUCGCCUUCACUGCUGACCUCAUAGGCAGGAACACGGACAGCUCCGCCUUCGUCUACGGCAGUAUGAGCUUCGGGGACAAGAUCGUCAACGGGUUCGCUGUCCUCAUCAUCCAGGAGCUCACCAGGGUGGAGUGCAUAGAUGGCAACUGUGCCACAUACUACCGUCACGUGAUGAGUCUGGGCAUCUUCGUCCCUCUCAUGGUGGCCUUCGUCGCCAUCUGCCUCCUCAGCCGAGAACAGCUGGGACGAACCCGCAAGCUGGUGCAGGCCCGUCUGGAACAGGGGACCUCCGGCAGUGGCUCCCUCAGUUCUAACUCCAGUGAGUUACUGCUCUCUACUGGUACCAACCUUGGUUAUGGCACCGUCACCAAGGCCUGAGCACCAUACUACCACCGUCACCAAGGCCUGAGCACAUACUACCACCGUCACCAAGGUCUGAGCACCGUACUAGCACCGUCACCAAGGCCUGAGCACCAUACUACCACCGUCACCAAGGCCUGAGCACAUACCACCGUCACCAAGGGGCUGAGCACCAUACUACCACCGUCACCAAGGCCUGAGCACCAUGCUACCACCGUCACCAAUGGCUGAGCACCGUCACCAAGGGCUGAGCACAUACCACCGUCACCAAGGGGCUGAGCACCGUACUAGCACCGUCACCAAGGCCUGAGCACCAUACUACCACCGUCACCAAGGCCUGAGCACCAUACUACCACCGUCACCAAGGCCUGAGCACCAUACUACCACCGUCACCAAGGCCUGAGCACAUACCACCGUCACCAAGGCCUGAGCACCAUACUACCACCGUCACCAAGGCCUGAGCACCAUACUACCACCGUCACCAAGGCCUGAGCACCAUACUACCACCGUCACCAAGGCCUGAGCACCAUACUACCACCGUCACCAAGGCCUGAGCACCGUCACCAAGUGUUGUAGUUAUAAAGCAUUUCCGUUCCCGUAUCUAAAAUAUUAGUAUAUUUACCUGCGUGUGUGCAUGGCUGUAUGUUUGCAGGUCUGACCGUUUGCCUGUCUGUAUGCAUUAUUGUUUUGAAUCAAUAAAGUUGUAGUAGAGAUG